CAUUCAUCGUCCAACAAAAUUCAAAAAAGUUUAAUUCCUUUAAAAUCACUUAAAUAAGGCAAAAUGACUGUUGCUGGAGAUACAGUUCGUGAAAAGUCACUUCAGGAUUAUCGUAAGAAGCUGUUAGAACAUAAGGAAGUCGAAUCUAGACUCAAAGAAAUCCGAGAAUCCUUAAAAGAGAGCACAAAGCAGUUUGAUAAGUCAGAAAAUGACUUAAAGGCAUUACAAAGUGUGGGACAGAUUGUUGGAGAAGUUUUGAAACAGCUUACUGAAGAUAAAUUUAUUGUUAAGGCAACCAACGGUCCGCGAUAUGUUGUUGGAUGCAGACGUCAAUUGGACAAAGCAAAGUUAAAGUCAGGAACUAGAGUAGCACUUGAUAUGACGACAUUAACAAUUAUGCGUUAUUUGCCAAGAGAAGUAGAUCCUUUGGUCUACAAUAUGUCUCACGAAGAUCCAGGUGAUGUAACAUACUCAGCUAUUGGUGGUCUCUCUGAACAAAUUCGUGAAUUACGUGAAGUUAUUGAACUUCCUUUAUUGAAUCCAGAAUUGUUCUUGCGAGUAGGAAUCACACCACCUAAAGGAUGCCUGCUUUAUGGACCUCCUGGAACUGGUAAAACAUUGUUGGCUCGUGCUGUAGCUUCUCAGUUGGACGCAAACUUCCUUAAAGUAGUAUCAAGUGCUAUUGUCGACAAGUAUAUCGGUGAAUCUGCACGUUUGAUUCGUGAAAUGUUCAACUAUGCAAGAGAUCAUCAACCAUGUAUUAUCUUUAUGGAUGAAAUUGAUGCUAUUGGUGGCAGAAGAUUCUCAGAAGGAACAUCAGCAGAUCGUGAAAUCCAGCGUACUUUGAUGGAACUGUUAAAUCAAAUGGAUGGUUUUGAUUCUCUUGGUCAAGUAAAGAUGAUUAUGGCAACAAAUCGACCAGAUACCUUAGAUCCAGCUCUUUUACGUCCUGGACGUUUAGAUCGUAAAAUUGAGAUUCCAUUACCUAAUGAACAAGCUCGUCUUGAAAUCUUAAAAAUUCAUGCUGGUCCAAUUGCUAAGCAUGGAGAAAUAGACUAUGAAGCUAUUGUUAAAUUAUCCGAUAGUUUCAAUGGAGCUGAUUUGAGAAAUGUUUGUACUGAAGCUGGCUUAUUUGCUAUUCGUGCUGAACGUGAAUAUGUCGUUCAAGAAGAUUUUAUGAAGGCAGUCAGAAAGGUUUCAGAUAACAAGAAGCUUGAGAGUAAAUUAGACUAUAAGCCAAUAUAAGCAUCAUGUCACAUUAUUCACUUUGCAUCAAAUUUAUGAAAAUAAUAAAAAUUUAAUUUACCUACAAAGAUU